GUGAAUGCGUGACGUUCGUUCUUAGCCUCAGUUCGCACGUGGUGCUCGCGGAGAGACGUUCUCGCGGUUGCUUCUCCUGCUACUGCCGACUUCCCAGCCAGCAUGAAGCGACCGAAGUUGAAGAAAGCAAGUAAACGAAUGACCUGCCAUAAGCGGUAUAAAAUUAAAAAAAAGGUUAGAGAACACCAUCGAAAAUUAAGGAAAGAAGCUAAAAAACGGGGUCACAAGAAACCUAAGAAAGACUUAGGAAUUCCAAACAGUGCUCCUUUUAAAGAGGCUGUUCUUCGGGAGGCUGAACUACGGAAACAGCUGCUUGAAGAACUAAAACAGCAGCAGAAACUUGAUAAACAGAAAGAGCAAGGAAUAAAAAGGAAACUUGAAGAUAACUCUGAUAAGCUACCCAAUGAGAAGCCUGAGGAGGAAUUUGGACAGUGCAAAACUAAGAAAGCCAAGUUGGCCAAACAGAAUCCAAAGAAGUUACACUGUCAGGAACUUAAAAAGGUAAUUGAAGUGUCAGAUGUUCUAUUGGAGGUAUUGGAUGCCAGAGAUCCUCUUGGUUGCCGGUGUCCUCAGGUAGAAGAGGCUAUUGUUCAGAAUGGAGCUAAAAAGCUAGUACUUGUAUUAAAUAAAUCAGACCUAAUACCAAAGGAGAAUUUGGAGAACUGGCUAAAUUAUCUGAAGAAAGAAUUACCAACAGUGGUGUUUAAAGCCUCAACAGUUCAGAAGAAGAAAAAGAUAACCAAGGUAAAGAAAAAAACUGCUCCAUUCAAAAGCAAGGUCUGCUUUGGCAGAGAAAGUCUUUGGAAACUUCUUGGAGGUUUACAGGAGACAUAUGGCAGAGCUAUUCAGGUUGGAGUAAUUGGGUUCCCAAAUGUGGGGAAAAGCAGCAUCAUUAAUAGCUUGAAACAAGAAUGGAUAUGUAAUGUUGGUAUAGCCAUGGGGCUUACAAGAAACAUGCAGGUUGUCCCCUUGGACAAACAGAUCACUGUCAUAGACAGUCCAAGUUUCAUUGUCUCACCACUUAACUCCUCUACUGCACUUGCUCUUCGGAGUCCAACAAGCAUUGAAUUGCUAAAACCAAUGGAAUUUGCCAGUGCCAUCCUGUCCCAGGCUGAUGCUCGGCAGGUAGUCCUAAAAUACACUGUCCCGAGUUAUAAGAAUUCUGAAGAGUUUUUUACUACACUUGCUCAGAGAAGAGGUCUGCACCAAAAAGGUGGAAGCCUGAACAUUGAAGCUGCUGCUAAGCUGCUGUGGUCUGAAUGGACAGGCGCCUCAUUAGGUUACUAUUGCCAUCCUCCUGCAUCCUGGACUCUUUCUCCACAUUUUAAUGAGAAUAUUGUGGCAGACAUGAGGAAGGGCUUUAAUCUGGAAGAACUAGAAAAGAACAAUACACAUAGUAUACAAGCCAUCAGGGGCCCUAAUUUUGCCGAUAGCAUCCUUUUCUGCUCUUCGGGUUUGACAAAUGGAAUAAUAGAGGAAACAGACAUACCUGAAGAAUUGCCAAAACAGAAAGAGAGAAGGCAGAAGGAUGAUAAUAACCACAGUGACCAGGAAAGUGUGCACAAUGAAGAACUUGAUGAACGGAAUAAGACUCCUGCAAAAGAGAUAACAGAGGAACUACUGCCUGAAAAAACUACAGCAGCCGGUGAACCAUCUGCAAGCUCUUUUCUUUUGGAUAAAAUUACCAAAGAGGAUGAUGCUUAUGACUUCAGCACAGAUUAUGUAUAAACAACCAUCUUUAUAUUUUUAAAGAAUUAAAAUCAUAACUCCCUAGCUCUCAGAUUAGGCAAGUGGAAGCCACUAAGGGGGCUUGGCUCGUGGUCUUAAUUUUAUUUUUUGGAGACUGUGUAGCCUAGGGUUUCCUCAGCUUGUGAUCUUCCCACUCUCUAUGCCCAGAAAAAGAUGUACUUUUCUAAGACAUUUACAUUUCAAGCACACUGCUAAUGUAUAUAUGCAUGCUAAGUAUGACAUGGGCUGCAAUUUUGUGACUGUGGAUC